CGGAGCUGGACGUAACGGGACCCCGCCGAGCAGCAGGGAGGAGGGGGCUGCCCUCCGCUGGAUCCGCUAAUCACCGACAUUCCUCAUUACACGGAUGUUCUAUUACCGCUAAUGCUGACCGAUGCAUAUCAGCAGCCCGGCCGACCCGGCGACACGAACCACCGACGGAUUUGAGGUCAACUUGAAAAUUAACGCUAUCCGUCCAGCUCCAGAGUGGGAUGUGCCAUGUCUGCUAGGUGGAGAUGAGAAUGAAACCCAGUCGCAACCUCCUCCUGGGCAUGUGCUCCAUGCUGGCCCUAGGAUUCCUCUACUACUCAUCAGGGAGGAUCAGUUUACGAGGUUGGGGCCACAAAUCAUUGUAUGACAAGCAAGGAUUCCUUUUGAAGCUGGAUGCAACUUUGCCUUUGGAACUGAUGUACAAGUAUGGCAAUAUCAGUGAGGGUGUCUGUAAGCCAGGUUUUACAGCUGCCAAGAUGACUGCCAUUUAUCCAAAGUUCACUAAACUGGCUCCCAUGUUCCUUGAUCCAAACUACAAGCGAUUCUCAAGAAUUGGUGAUUAUUUGCCUCCGUUUGGAGUAAAAUCACAAGAGAAGAUCAUAGAUAUUCUUCUUUCAGUUACGAAGAUGUAUGGCCUUGGAGAAGAACUAGACAGUAAGAGCUGUAAGACAUGCAUCAUUGUUGGGAAUGGAGGAAUCCUUGCUAACAAGUCUUUGGGACAAAAGAUUGACGACUUUGAUGUUGUUGUCAGGUUAAAUGAGGCCCCAGUGAAAGGUUUUGAGAAAGACGUUGGCUCCAAGACCACCAUAAGGAUCACCUAUCCAGAAGGGGCCAUCCAGAAGACAGAACGCUAUGAGGCUGAGUCCCUGUUUGUCCUUUCCGCCUUUAAAUCUCUGGAUUUUAAGUGGCUCAGACACAUGGUCUUCAACCAGCGACUGCGCAGCACUGAUGGCUUUUGGAAGUCGGUGGCCAGACACGUUCCAAGGGAGCCCAGUGACAUGCGCAUCCUGAAUCCCUACUUCAUCCAGGAGGCCUCCUUCAAGCUGAUUGGCUUACCUCACAACAAUGGACAGAUGGGCAGAGGGAAUAUUCCAACCCUGGGGACAGUGGCCAUAACAAUGGCCCUUCAUAACUGUGAUGAAGUGGCUGUGGCUGGAUUUGGCUACAACAUGAGCACCCCCCACGCCCCACUGCACUACUAUGAGAAGAUCAGGAUGUCAGCCAUUAAAGAGUCCUGGACUCACAACAUAUCUAAAGAGAAGGAGUUCCUGAUGAAGCUCGUGAAGGCUGGAGUUAUCCAGGACUUGACCAGUGGGAUCUGUGGUGCAGGAUGCUGAUGGUCUCCACUCAGACUCAUGUCUCCUGGUCUGUAGCAUUGUACUCAACCUUCUCCAGCUACUGAAGGGGAAACACUCAAGGCUGUGCAGGCCAUGUUACCAGCAGAGAGCAGCAGCUGUCACACACCACGUACGGUCCCUGCAGAUAGACUGUGUGUAUAUGAGGCUUAUUGAGCAGGACACACUGCCCUAGUGCUAUAUAUUGACAUAUUGGAAGCAACUGGCCUCCGCAUUGUAUCACAGUAUUUAGCUUUUUCUAGCUGCAGGUUAGUGUAUAUUUACAUGGAUUUGGAGUCCUGGCUCAGGGGUACAUGUUUGGUUGCUGAGUUGGGACUAAAACCAGCACCUGGAUCUGACUUCCUUCCUGCAACUGAAGAGAGAAUAAAAAUAUUGGGUUUAAACAUUGAGCCUGUGCCAAGAAUACCUCUCUAAGUGUCCUUUUGCUCAUACAUGUGAAUGUAAUCCAUAUCAAACGUACAGUCACCGAUUCAUAUCUUCCAGUUCCUGUGUUAAACAGGGUGCACACUACAUGACAUAUGAGCUAACCGUCCUGGACCAGGGUACACCUCCUCAUCAGAGCAACAUGGCAAUCAUCAGAGCUGCUGUGUUCUGUGGGUCAGAGUCAGAAUGUAUCUAUUAAGAUCUUCACGUUCAAAUGCAGUCUAGCUUACUAUACUGAUCAGGCAGAUGGAAGCUUCCAUGUCCACUGGACUUCACUUUAAAUUUGGCCAGAGCAGCUCGUGUCUCUGAAGCAUGAAAUUCACGAAUGAAUGUACAUUAAUGGCUGUUUUUGUUGACUGUUGACUUCAAACUAAUACCUAAUGAUGAUUUUCAUUACUGACUUUGCCUUUACGUACAGUAAAGCCGGUCUCACUUGCACUUGUGACUUUGUGUCACUUCGUCUUUAAGGAAUACUACCGUUUCUCUCUGCUAAUAUUUGGUGUUCGGAGGUUAUUGAUAGGAAAUAGAAAUAAGUGUGCUAUAGUAAAAUAAUUAAGUCCAGUCACACAGUAUUUGUUGUUGAUCAUAACUGAUCCUAAAUAAGUUGCAAACAUGUUUCCAAUCUUCUGUCAAAGAAAAAGACAUGCUUCUGAACCAACUAAAAUUUUCAUUACCACAUUCCAGUGGACAUGAGCUUCACCCCACACAGUCUUAAAGUCGCUUUUUAACGUGUGGCCUGCAUCUGGAUUACACUGUUGAUUGCUAAUGUGUUCAAAAGACAGAAAUUCAUUCAAUCUCAGUAUUUUUCUGACAGUAGUGUUCUGUUGUUUGUCUUUUACUUAGGUUUACUUGAUGUUUUUGUGUCUAUCUCAUCAGCCAGUGUUGUCAGUGUGCUGAACACUGCCAGUAUGUGCUCACCCCACUCAAAGAAGACAAGCGCCUUUGUGUUUCAGUUUUGUUUUUUUUUUUGUCAGACUGCUCAGUAAUGGAGAGCAUAUAUACACCUGUACAUCACAGCUGUUUCUGUCUGAUGAAAUGAGUUUCUUGCAUGACUGUUUUUAAUCAUAUCACAUUGCAGUGUUUUCAUCACACCUGGGCCCUGUUCUUCGUAUAAAGUGACUUGGCUAGAUAUGGUUGUUCAUGAUUUGACACUGGACUUCUCAGCGCCCCAAAGCUGCUUUGAACCUCAAGUGUGAAACUUUUUGUCUCCUAUCUCUGGUAGGAGUUACACAAACACCAGUGCUAUGACAUAUGCCUCACCAUCAAUGUUUCUUUUUUUAGACAGCAGUCCUUUCUAUGAAUGCAGAGUUUGUUUAUCUGAAGCAUCAGAAUUUUCAGCCUACUUUAUCUCUGACACUGCAGUUGCCUCCCUCUGUAUCUUCUUUGCUCUAACAAACCACUCAUUGCUGAUUAAAAUAAAAUUCAUUGCUACCAGUGCACCAAUGCCAGAUAGCUGCCAUAGACAACAGAUUAAAAACCUCUAUACUUCAAAAUAAAGAGACAUUUAGCUGCCACUGAUCGGCUUUAACAGCAAUGUGUGAACUUGUUUGACUUGCACGUAGAAGAUAUUCAUUUCUACAUAAAUGUUCCACACUCCAGCUCAGGUUCAUCUGUAGCAGUUAUUUUAGCAACAAGACUUUCAGCUCAAAUCUGCAGAAGUGGAGCCAGUUCACAGGCAACUGUCUGACAGUUUCCAAAGUAAACAUCAAAUACUGAGCCAGUAUAAGGUAUAAACGGACCUUUCCUUUUGAUCAUGAAUAGAAAAAUAAACAAUUCAGAUUUUAGAUGAGAGCAUAUAGCACAUUAAGAAAUCAAGAUCUGUUUGUCUGUCUUGUUCUUCAUCUGCUAUCCUGCUAUCCCCACCGCAAAAAUCCAUCAUCCCUACUCUCACCCUAACCGGUCAAGGCAGAUGGCUGCCUUCCCUGAGCCUGGCUCUGUGGGAGGUUUUUUCUUCUCUGUUAAAGGGUAUUUUUGUGGCCCCUCCCACCGUCGCUGACUGCUUGCUCAUAUGGAAUCCAAAGGCAGCUUUGGAUUGCUGGGUUCUCUGUUCAAAUUUUGUAUGGUCUUUACCUUACUACACAAAAUGCUAUGAGAUAACAUGUUGUGAAUUGGCGCUAUAUAAAAUAGAACUGAAAUGAAUAAAAUUUUUGUAGGACAUAAAUUAAUUUUCACAUUAAAGAGUAAAAUGUGUAUUUAAGAUAAAAUAGGCCAGACAACAAUACAAAUGUGCAAUAAGCUAAUGAUCUAAAGUCAAACCUAGUUUUAGAUACAUAGUAUGCUUUAACCAAAUGAAGGACUUUCAUCCAAACACUUCCCAAUGUUAGACCAAUGAGACAGAAAAAAUGUGACUAAUUAAGUUGAUCAGGGUCUUAAAAAGAGAGGGAAGGGGGUGUUGUGGAUUUUGAUGAUCUUUGUUUUUAUUAAUGUAUGUGUUUAUUGGGUUCCUGUUUUGUUUGUCUUGUGUGCACGCCAUCAGGGUGGGUGGCACAGAGUACAUUCCUGCCAAUGAUGUCACACUACUCCAGCGAUUUAUAGGUUGUUGUAAUGGAAAAGUACACAAGCAAAGACAUAGUAGUGCAAGCUGGUGAACACAGAUGUAAACAGUGUUUGGACCUAGAGGGUAUACACUGUGGUUUGGUGAUCAACUACAAAUGUAAAUACAGCAAAAAAGAACUCCACAGGACAUCUUUAGGCUGGUUACAUCAUAUUACUAUAGUUGUACCACUGUUCAAGAACAGGGUCCAGGUCUGAUUAGUAUUGAAUCAUUUUCUGCCUAAACUGUGUUUCAAGUGCACUGAAUGAUUGUGAAUGUGUAGUGCCAGGCUAUGCAGAUGUUGAUUUUAAAGACCCUUCUCUUCACAUGUUCAAAAGCUCAGUCUGACCUUUCCCUUUUCUUUUGAUCAACAACAAAACAGUUCUUUCUGAUUAUUUUGUGUGUCCAUUGAACACAAAAACAUUCCCCUCAGUCACCUCACUCAGUCCAGCCAAAGGCUGCAAUCUCAGGCCCUUAGACAUUUCUCCCAGUCAGUGUUCCUAUCAAACAUAUAAACUGAGCUUUAUCAAUCUGUCUCACUUUAUUUAUCAUGAUCAACUGUAGUGUGAAGCCUGUAUGUGUGUUGGUGUUGCUUAAUCCACUCUGGCAUGCACAGUUUGUGCUCACCUCACUGUAGGUGCUCAUGGACUUGAUGCUGAUCAGAUGCUGAUGCCAAAGUAUUCAUAUAUUUAUUGUAGAUCCUGCACAAAACUGUUAAUAAAGAUAGAAGAAUGCACA